AUGACAUCCUCAGGUGCUUCUCUCGCAAAUACCGAAGACGGAAGACAAGAUAUCUCUUCGGCCCCUCCACAUUGCACUAUGUCCCUGAUUCAAGCAUGGGAGCGAAGAGAGGAUAUUCAGUCCACUCAGCCUCAUGUGGAUGUCACAGAUGCGUGGUCCUCAGAUGGAGGAAGUGUAAGCUCUUCAAGUUGCAGUUCCGAUCAACCUGGAUCUGGCCAAGAAGAUGUUCAUGAGACCGAUCCCAGAGCCAACGAUCAAUCUGGCAGUAAUGCAUUCUUUGAAGAGAAAAUUCAAACUAACGCAUCAUGUCUUAAGUAA